AAAGAAGUAAUUACCGAAUACAACAUUUUUACUAAGUUUACCUUACACGUAUUAAAAAUGGUGCUUUGAGUGGCAUUUAUUUUCCAUUUCGGCUACAAAUGGAACGUUUCAAUUACGAAGUUUUAAUGUGAAAACGAAACGUGCUUGAAUGAAAGAUUUUUUUUUUUUUAAUUUGAUAUAGUAAAAUAAAUUUCAAUCGUGCGACAUGAUUUGUAAAAUAAGUUAAAGUAAUAAUUAGAGUUGAAUUAGUUACGAGUAAAAUAAGUGGAUAUAAAAUUAAGGAUAUGUCAUUGCUUUGUUUCAAGACCAAGAAGUUUACGCCAAAAAGUGCGACUGCGCACUGGCCAAAUUAGUAGGUAGUGUGAAAGAAAAUGGCGAUCAGCGAAAGGCGUCCGGAGUUAACGUGAUGAAAAACAUUGUUAAAAGCUCAAUUACAUAGUGUUAUAGUUAUUAAUUGUGUCAGAUGUAGAUUAAUUAAGUGUUAAUGAAUAGUGAUUGUGUAUAAAAAUGGCUGCGAAUAUGUACAGAGUCGGCGACUGCGUCUAUUUCGAGACGUCGUCGACGUCUCCGUACCAAAUCCGGCGGAUAGAGGAACUGAACAAAACGCCGUCCGGCAACGUGGAGGCAAAAGUCAUGUGCUUCUACAGGCGGCGGGACCUGCCCAACCCUCUCAUACAAUUAGCAGAUAAGCAUCAAAUGGCGCAGUCAGAAGACUCACCGGUAGCGAUGAAACUCAAGAAAAUUUGCCUUAAGACGCCGAUAGGCGAGGAACAGGCGGCACAAGCUGUUCUAGACCCUGCGAUAGACGCAGCGGCUAGCUGGUCUAGUUUACGACACACAGUAGCGAUGGAGGAGGAAUCUACAGAGCUCCCGGGCGGCGACGGCUUGGCGCCGAAGCAGCGGCACCAGGCCAAGCACCGCGAGCUGUUCCUGUCGCGACACGUGGAGACCCUGCCCGCCACGCACAUCCGCGGCAAGUGCACCGUCACACUCCUCAACGAGACCGAGUCGCUGCUCAGCUAUCUCAAUAAGGAUGACGCAUUUUUUUAUUGUUUAGUAUUUGAUCCUUCACAAAAGACUUUAUUAGCAGAUAAGGGUGAAAUCAGAGUUGGAAGUAGAUAUCAGACUGAAGUAACUAAUUUAUUAAAAGAAGGCGAGGAGGACACGCGCAAAAGCUCGGAGCUGGAGACGCUGGUGUGGACGCCGGCGCACGGGCUGUCGGACCGGCAGAUAGACCAGUUCCUGGUAGUGGCGCGGUCGGUGGGCACGUUCGCGCGCGCGCUCGACUGCUCCUCCAGCGUCAAGCAACCCAGCCUGCACAUGUCGGCCGCCGCCGCCAGCAGAGACAUCACACUUUUCCACGCGAUGGACACGCUGCACAAGUCGGGCUACAGCAUAGAGGCGGCGCUGUCGUCGCUGGUGCCCGCGUCGGGGCCCGUGCUGUGCCGCGACGAGAUGGAGGAGUGGUCCGCCUCCGAGGCCAACCUCUUCGAGGAGUCGCUCGACAAAUACGGCAAGGACUUCGCCGACAUUAGAAAGGACUUUUUGCCAUGGAAGACGCUAAAGAACCUAGUGGAGUACUACUACAUGUGGAAGACGACAGACCGCUACGUGCAGCAGAAGCGCGUGAAGGCGGUCGAGGCCGAGUCCAAGCUGAAGCAAGUGUACAUUCCCAACUACAAUAAGCCCAACCCGGCUCUGAUAAACAGCACGCCCAACGCGGCGAGCAAAGGCGCCGUGCUCAACGGCGGCACCAACGGCACGGCCGCCGUCUCACCCAGUCUCUGCGCUUCAUGCCAAGUGACAAAUUCAAACCAGUGGUAUUCAUGGGGUCCACAGCAUUUACAAUACAGAUUGUGUGGCACAUGUUGGCAAUAUUGGAAAAAAUACGGAGGAUUAAAGACGGCAGACGUGUUCGGCGAAAGCGAAGCGGAGGUGGUGCGGAGCGCGCGCGCCGAGGGCGAGGAGACCGCGCUCUCGGUGUCGCACCGUCCGCACCGUUGCACUGUUAUAAACUGCGCCAAGGAGUUCAAACUGCGUGCGCACCUCGCGCGGCACGUGGCGACGGCACACGGCGGCGUGGGCGAGGGCGCGCGGCCCGUCAUGAAGACGCGCGCCGCCUUCUACCUGCGCGCCUCGCCCUUCACGCGCCUCGCGCGCAGGCUGGCGCGCGCGCUGCGCCGCCCGCGCCACUUCGCGCGCUCGCCCUUCUCGCCCAUCAACCUGCACCAAGUGAAGCACGAGUGCACGAUAGCGAUGGCGGGUCUGGGCGGCGCGGAGCUGCGAGGCGCGGGCGCGGCGGGCGUGGCUCGCGUGCGCGGCCCCGUGGGAGCCGUGGCGACGCGUCUGGCGGCCACGCUGGGCACGGCGGCGCCGCGCGCACAGGAGUGGCUCGCGCUCACGCCACGCGACCGCAUGCCCACGCCCAACCACGUCGCCUUCCCGAAGCCGCCCAAGGCGCCAGACGGCAGCCUGAUGUACGAGCGCGUGCUGUCGCGCGCGGAGCAGGAGGCGCGCCGCGCGGAGGCGGCCGCGCCGCCCGCGCCCCUCGCGCCGCACGCCGCGCCCGCGCUCAAGCGCCGCGCCUACGACGACAUCAACGGACUCGACACAACAGGAGGUGCGGCGGCGGCGCCCCCCGCCAAGCGGCCCAACAAGCACCCGGCGCCCAUGCAGCGGCCGUCGCGCGAGCAGUACGCCGCCAUGUGCGCGCGCGCUCAGGCCACCGGACAGCCGCUGCCCGCACACGUUUUCGCACAUGUAAACGGCAAACCGACAAACUUGACCGGCCGCGGCGGCCGACGCCACGUCAUUUCAUGGAUGGACGCUCCCGACGACCUCUACUUCAGAGCCACUGAGGCUGCCAAGGCCGCGCGGCGGACGCUGAGCGGCGGCGAGCUGCGGCGCGGUGCGCGCGCGCCGUGGCGGGCGCUGCGCGGCGCGGCGGGCGCCAAGGUGGCGGCGGGCGCGGCGCCGCUGCAGCUGGUGAUCCUGGACUGACAGGAGCCGCGCCCGCCGCCGCCGCACCCCUACACCAUGGAGGCGCUGCUCGGCUGAGCUGCGCCGCUGUAUAUUGCCGUGUACAGAGCCCGAGGCCCCGCCCCGAACGCGAGAUUGUAUUUUUGGUAAUCGAAUCGCCGACGACGGAUUCUGUAGAUAAUAUUUUAAACUAUAUUGUUCUUAUGUGGUUUGAUCUGGCGAUGAGCGAAUAAUGUAUUUGAUACAUAAAACGAUAUGUAAGUCUAUUUCAUUCGGAGAUUCAUUGUAGGAUAAUUUACAAUUUUUUUCAUAAAUAAAGCACAAAUUGGAAUACUGCGUAUUUUA